AAGAAGAAGAAGAAAUAAGGGAGUCUGCGGCUCCGUUCUCUGUCCCAAACUGCAUCAUGUCUGUUAACAUUUGGAUGGUUUCUGGUGAUCAGUUCCUCAUUCAACCAGUAAGCAACUCCACUCAUGACCACAACUUACCAAAUGAUCUAGAGAUGAAAAAGGAACACGAGGAACCAGAUCUACUGCAGAUUACAGAGAUGAAGGAGGAACCAGAAUAUCAACGGAUCAAAAAGGAACAUGUUGAGUUUGACAACUUUAAUAACAUAAAGUCUGAAGUCAAGCAGGAGGCCGACACCUUUAUGGUAUGUGCUGGUUAUGAUGACACAUUCCAGAGCAAACCUGAGCUGCAGAUGAUGGAAAUAAAGGAGGAAACAAAACCUGAACAGAUUAAAGAAGAACUGGAGGAGCUAGAAACUGUUCAGGUUAAACAGGAAGAGGAGGAGGAACUCUACAGUAAUCAGGAUGUAGAUCAACUUUUAGUGAAUCAAGAGACCAGUAGAGAGAUUCUUAUUUAUGAUGAAAAAGAUCACAGCCAACCAGACUCAGACCAGGUUCACUCUUCAAACUCCCCUGAUGCUGAAGACCAAACUCAGGGAGGAAGGUCUUUGUCUCCAACAUCAGAGGGAGAAGAAGAGCUGAGUACUGAGAAAGAACAUCAGAAAAUCCAAAAGGUGCCUUCUUGUAAAAUAUGUGGAAAACGUUUCAUUCAGCAGAGGUACUUGGCUGAUCACAUGAUUAUUCACACGGGUGCAAAACCGUUCCAGUGUGGGACUUGUGGAAAGCGUUUCACCAGGAAAACUACCUUGAAUUUUCACAUGAGAAUCCACACCGGUGAGAAGCCAUAUACCUGUGAAGUCUGCAGUAAGUCAUUCAGCUACAGCAGUGGUUUGGUUCGUCACAUGAGAAUCCACACGGGCGAGAGGCCAUUUUUGUGUCAGACCUGUGGGAAAAGUUUCGCUGAUAGAGGUAGCCUAAGCACUCACAUCAAAGUUCAUCAGGUAGAGAAACUAUUUCCAUGUAGAUCUUGUGAUAAAUCUUUCAGAAACAGCCGAGAUCUGGUUCGUCACUCCAGACUCCACACAGGCGAGAAACCGUUCUCGUGUGGAUUUUGCGGAAAGAGCUAUCCAAGUAGAGGCAGCCUGAAAACACACUCCUAUGUCCACAUGCAUCAGAAGCCGUUUGUGUGUGAGCUGUGUGCUAAAACUUUCACAAACAGGACUAACUUGGUCCGCCACAGGAGGACUCACACAGGCGAGAAGCCGUUUUCCUGUACAGCAUGUGGUAAAUUUUUUAGUGACAAAAGCACUCUAAUUAGACAUGUGAGAAGUCACGCAGGCAAGAAGCCAUUUUCCUGUAAUUUUUGUGAAGUGUCUUUUAUGGACAACAGUCAACUGACCCGUCACUUGAGGACCCACACAGGAGAGAAACCAUUUUCAUGUGUGACCUGUGGGAAGAAAUUCUCCAAACUGUAUGGUCUGACUUUGCACAUCCGGACUCAUACAGGCGAAAAGCCGUAUUCCUGUCAACAGUGUGGUAAAUUAUUCACUGCCAGAUAUAAACUGACUGCACAUAUAUGUAGAAAUAAACCUUAAAAAGAU